AUGAUUGAGAAGGCGAUCUUUUGGAACAUUAGGUCUGUAAAAUCUCAGAAGGCAUUUGAGAGACUAAGAGAUCUAAAUAGAAAGCAUAAGUGCAAUUUUAUAGCUCUUAUGAAACCAUUUCAAGGACCACAAGAACUAGAACAAUACAAAAAGAAGCUGGGAAUGGAAAAUCUGUACUGUAAAUGUGCAUCUAAGAUAUGGGUAUUCUGGGAAGAUGAUUGGAAAGGUGAAGUAUUUAGGGAGAGUGGGCAACACCUUACAGUGAAAAUUAGCAAAAGUAAUGUGGAAAUCCUGAAUACAGUUGUAUAUGCAAUAUGUGAUGCUCUUCAGAGACUAGAACUUUUGGAAGAACUAGAACAAUUUGCUGAGGAUAAUACUCUCCCGUGGCUUGUGGGUGGAGACUUUAAUGUGAUACUAAAUGAAGAGGAGAAGCAAGGGGGAUUGGAGUUCACACAAUUUGAAGCCAUGGAUUUUAGUCAAUGCAUAAAGAAUUGUGCUUUGAUAGAAUUGAAAUACUCACGCAGCAAGUUUACAUAG